AUGGCGACGUGGGCCUAUCCCCCACUGCGAGACCAGUCGACCCGUGAGGCCGACAUCGCGCUGGCCCGAGAAUUAGAGUGGCUCUUGCACUCACUCCAAGAGUCAUUGGUGUCCCUGAAGGAGGGCCUGCAAGAGUGUGCUGCCCUCCUGGCGCCUCAGGAACCUGGGUCAACCUUGGUCCUAUCGUCACUACGAUCGGAAAAUGUGAAGGGGUUCGUCACCCGAGUCGGCACCCAAGUAGUCAAGGGGGAUAUUCAGCUUCGUCUGAGCUCACUCCCGCCGCCACGGGGUGCCCCCAGCACCCGGCUCAGCUUGUCCCAAUCCCCCGACGCCCCCAGCCUAGUGCUACCGCAGCUGGUCUCGGUUCGCAACUUGGUGAAUCAAAGCCUGGACAUUGUGGACGUGAGCGCCUGGACGGGCGAUCCCCUCAAUGCCACCUUUAUCUUUAGCCAGCUGCAUCUCCUGCAUGAGACCAUCCGCGAGGCACGGCAGAUGCUCAAGGGGGAAUCGGAUGAUGUGCGCGGCAACUGGUGGGAGACCAGUGCUACCGAAAAUAUGUUUGAUCCUCCGCUACCACCUCAUCUCUCAUUCCAUCUGUCCAUUGCAGACUCGGCGCUGGUUCUUCUGUUGCGUACCCUGGAGAGUAACAACCAGACUGCCACGCCGACUGCCUUCGCUACUGACAUCUCCUUGACCGGGUUCUCCCUGCGAGAUCGCCUGUUUGGUACCCGGACCCGUGCGCAUGAUGAGACCAACGAUGUGUUUAAAUGGUAUGGGGAAGAGGUCCAUGUCAAGGAGAAGGUCCGAGUAGAAAGCCAGGAUCCUAGUCUGAUGGCUGUCAUGGCGAAGCUGACAGCUCUGGAACACGAAGUGAUGCGCUGGGUGGCAGCGCUCCGGGUCCUCAUGGGCAGCGAUGAUACAGAGAGUGAGUCCUAG